GAGUGCAAUAUUCAAUGAACAGAUCCUCAGCAAACAAGUCAUGAACUGCACAAAGCGCUCAGGAGAGUCGCUAUUCUCGGGGAUCGACAAGCGCCGUUUGUAGUUUAAGGUCCGCCGACCAAUCGCGAGCGGCAGGGAGCAUUUGUGCACUAGACGACUCCUUAAAUCUGCGUGCAGGGCAGCACCCCAAAUGCUCUUCACCACGCAGUCUCUAAAACGCAGCCCUGACGCUCCCUUGAACGACUUUCCCCUCGUUUUCCUUUUCUCGUCUCGAGAAUCCACUCUUUACUCAGCACUCGCUAUCCCAGUCACUCCUUGAUACAAACACCAACAGCGCGUCUGGUCUACGCGCACUACUACGCUCUUUACACAUCGUGCUUACAGAUCAUCGUAAUCCGCCGAGAUGAAGUCAUUCGCCCUUUCCACGGCUGCGCUUAUCGCAGGCCUUAUCUCGACGACUACUGCGCAGACUCACACCGACUGCAACCCUCUCAACACCACAGGAUGUCCCGACAUGGAGGCGCUCGGCGGAAACGCCACCUUCAACUGGAACAAGACCGGUAUCCCGAACAACGACAAGAUCUGGAGGAUGCCCAACCAGGGCAAGAUCGACUGGAACGAGAAGGGCGCGACCUUUGCCAUUGAGCGAUCCGGCGACUCUCCCACGGCGAACUCGGUCUUUUACAUGCUCUUCGGCCGCCUCGAGGUAGUCAUGAAGGUGGCUACCGGCAAGGGUAUCAUCUCCAGUGCCAUCCUGCAGUCCGAGGCGCUCGACGAGAUCGACUGGGAGUUCCGCGGCGACGACAAGAUGAUCCUGACCAACUACUUCGGCAAGGGAGACACCGAGACCUACGACCGCGGCAAGGACUUUGAUCUUGGCUUUAACCCCCAGGACGACUACCAUAACUACACCAUCGACUGGAGGGAGGACCGCAUCAAGUGGUAUGUGGACGACAAGGAGGUCAGGGAGCUCACCCCGGAAGAGGCCAAGAACGGCACUCGUUACCCUCAAACACCCAUGAACAUCCGUCUCGGAUCGUGGGCGGCGGGUGACCCCAACAAGAACGACCCUGGUGUUAUUGAGUGGGCUGGUGGUGUGACAGACUUUGACAAGAGUCCCUACAUCAUGACCAUCCAGUCCGUCUACGCGGAAGACUAUACCAAGGCUGCCAAGUACUCGUGGGAGAACAUGGACGCCUCUGGUGAUUGGGAGAAGGUCAAGGUCAUCCAGGGUAAAUCCGAGACCCUCGAAGAGAUCAAGUCUCCCCACGGUGUCAGGAACCGCUUCAACGAUCUUUCCAAGGGCGCCAAGAUCGGCAUCAUCGCCGGUAUCCUCGGAUUCGUAGCCAUCGCGUCCAUCAUCAUCCUCUUCUGCUGCAUCAAGCAGCGCCGCGCAGGCAGGAAGGAGGCCCAGGCACUCCUCGCCGAAGAGCAAAAGGAGGCUGCCGAGCUGAGCGAGUACAAGGCGCAGAUGCAGGCGGGCAGGUUUGCCAUGGGGUCCAACAACCGCGUCUAGGCGUCAUGAGGGGGGGCGAAGUUGGAGUUGCGGAUAUAACAAUUCUUAAUAGGAUGGGGUUUUCUUGCAGCUGGAAGGCAGCUUUCCUUGUUGAAUAGAGGCUGUUGUUCCCUUGUCAUGUCAGUGUUACGACUAGUUGAUUUCUUUGUUUCUUGCAUGCUACCUUAUAUACCCUUGCGCUGCUUUCUGUCGACCAAGGCUAUAGCUUAGUAUCUAGUUUGCAAUACACUUUCCACAGCUUGAUGUUGUGUAGUUAAGAAAGAUCCGACAGCAUGCGGCUCUGCAGCACAGCAGCGCAGCGGCACAGUGCGUGAGGUGGGCUCGUUCUGGUUGGUGGCGGCUGACAUGUGACGGGCGUUCUCCACAACCCCGGACACAUGGCAUGCAUGGUGCGGCCUGCGCCGG